CAUGCCCAGUGUCCAUGGUUACGUUCAAUGUAAAUAACUUGCAGGACAACGAAUGGUAAAUCUGAGAACAUUUGGAAAAAAGAACGGGGUGUAAACACGGUUUUAGGGGCGGAAUCAUACUUAUACAUUGAACAAUCAUGCCUGGCAGCGCUAUCUCAGCCUCCAAUAGUUCAACCUCCUCCGCAUCAAAGAGAGCCAAGACACGCCAGUAUCGGGUGAUCAGUAACACCUCUCAGAUCGAUGAGUCGCUGUUUGGUCAGCCCAACCGGGUGGCCAAGAGGAACGAGAUGCUGAAGGACAUGUGGACUGGCGAGAGGACGCAGGAUGUUUCCCUGGAAACGCUGGCCAAACAGAGAAGCGACAAACGUAGAAAAGGAAAAUCCAGUAACCGAGAAACAGUACAGGUCAUCACUAAGGAUCUCAUCCGAAACCUCAUCGUCCCCACAGAAGAUCCAUCUGGCCAAACCAUGAUUCUUUCCCGACGCGACUUUGAAAGAAUACUGCAAGGAGCUCGCACUUUUUCCAAAUCUGAAAAAGAGGCCCGCAGUGAUUCAAUCAAGAUGGCAAAGGAAGCUGCUAUGGACGCAGCCCAAGAGAGGAAGAAUUACAUGAAGGCCAUGGACCUGGCUCGCCAGAAGAAUGAGAGGCUAAAUGACCUUGAGGAAGAGGCCAAGGACAAGGCCGAGCAUCUUCUAUCCAAGGCCAAUGAGAUGAGGCAGGAACAGGAGGAUGAGAUCAAGCAUCUCAAUGAGCUUAUCUUGAACGCCAAGUGCCAUGCUAUCCGGGACGCGCAGAUCCUGGAGAAGGGGCACGUGAAGAGGGAGAUGACGGAGGAGGAGAAGAGGCUUGACAUCAUGAUGGAGGUCGAUAGACAGAACGCCAUACGCAUCCAGGAGGAGAUUGAAAGAAAGAAGAAGGACGACCAGCUGAUUGGGGCGGCCAAGCUGAUGGAGCAGAUCCAGGAGAACGAGCAGGAGCGUCUGUUUGAGCUGGAGAGGAAGGACCAGGAGAACAUCCAGAUGCAGAAGUACAUCGGGAAGCUGAUGGAGGAAGAUCAGGACAUGAAGGACAAGAGGAAGGCAGAGCAGACCGACCUCAGGGAGGAGCUCAACAAAGCUAACGAUGACAUCAUCCGUCGCCGAGAUGUCAAGAAACUGCAAGAGCAAGCGGAAGAAAUGAAAGUGCUGGAAUACCAGAGACAGAAAGCUGAGAGAGAAGCUGCAUUUGAAAAGGAGCAGGAGAGGAUCCGCAUUGAGAAGGAGCGGGAGGUUGCCAGACUUCGAGCUUUGCAGGAGCGGGCAAGGGACGAGCAGGCCGAGCGGGAUGCUUUGCGGGCCAAGCGUGCUCAGGAGCAAGCCGAGCGGGAGUGGCGCAAGAAGGAGGCAGCCGAAGCAUACAAGAAGUCGGAGAUGGAAGCAAUGCUCAAGGGCGCUCGCAGUAUGCAGAUGUCACAGAAGGAGCACUACCUUGCAGUGCAGGCACAGAGAGAGAGAUCCGAGUUUGAGAGAGUGCUUAGGGCCCAGAAGGAGCUGGUGGAGAAGGAACAACGAGAGGACGAUGUGAUGCGCAAGAAGCGUCUGACACAUGCGGAGGAAGUGCGUCGCCAGAUUAGGCAGAAGGAGCACGAGAAGGUCAAAGAACGAAACAACUUCUUUGAGGAAGGUGUGAAGCUUGACGAAGAGGCACGUGUCCGUCGAAACAGACUGGAGGAAGUGAAGAGGAAGAAGCUCCAAGAACUCAGGGAUAUUGGCAUCCCUGAGAAAUACCUGCGCCAUGUUGUCCACCAGGCGAAGCUGGAGAACCCAGAGUCGGUGGCCGUGUAGCGUCCAGCGGGAAGCUGGGAUCCCCGAGAAGUAUCUUUCCCAAGUCGAGAGAAAGGUUAACCAACCAGCGAAAAUCAUGGCCUAAGUUUUGGUUACCAUGGAAACACCUCUUCCGUCCAAAGAAAAUUGUGAUAUACUUUUGGAAAUAUUUGUGUAAUGAUAAACACAAUAUUUAUGAGAACACAGUACUACAAGUACUUGUGAUACUAUUGUUGAAUGUUGGUAUUUUAAUAGGCUAAUUUUGGUAUGUGAUCUUUUCUGUUAUUGAAAACACGAAAGAUUGGUUAAGAUUUGGCUUGAGUGAAAAUAUGACAAAACUAUUGCUUGUGGUUGGAUAUAUUGUCUAAACUGGAUUUUGUCAAAAUGUUUUUGGAAAUAUCUGAUAGUCCUGUCUGGCAUGGCAGAAGCGAACCUGACCUCGAUGACCUUGGUAACUCAAGGUCAUGGUUAUAUGUAAAACAAUCAUCAGUAUUCUAUAUGUUAUUGUGCAAAUAGUGUUGUUUCCAGUAUAUUAUUGUACAUAAUGGUUGUCCUGCAAACACAUAUAUAUAUAUAUAUAUACUACUACAAAAAGUUAAAGAGCACCAAAUGUUUUUCAUGACUAUACUUAAUGUCAGGCCAUGACUGGUUAGCGAUAAUCAUAUGAAAGAAAUCUGGUGUUCUCGAACUUCUUUUGAGUAGCAUACAUCAUCCAUCCAAAUUUUCAAUGCUGUUUGCUUUUCAAGUAGUAUUUUCACGUUACAUUAGGUAAAUUUAUUCAAUACAGAAAUAUCCAAAUUUUCUCUUUCGUUAGGAUUAUUCUGUUGAAUCAUGGCACUUUAAGUUACUGUGAUCACAUCCUUGUACAUAUCAUCUACUUUCCUCUGCGUAUUGAUUGAUGAAAACACACAAAUUUAGACUUGUGUUAAACCACUAAGAAAUAAAAUUCUUCAUUACA